CUAAUUUGUAUUGAACAAAAUACGUCUGUACUACGAGUAACUUAGUGUUUUAAACGGUUAAAUAUUCGUAGUAAAUGAAUUAAAAUGCAUCACAUAGAGUCUGAUAGUGAAGAUGAAUUACCUUCGGGGUGGGAACAGAAAUCAACUGAAGAUGGAAAUGUUUAUUUUAUAAAUACUUUGAACAAUAAGACGCAAUGGACACAUCCAAGGACAGGUCGAAAGAAAGAGAUACCGAAGGAGCUUCCCUAUGGCUGGACAAAAACAUUUGACGAGGAGGACAAAGUGGUCUAUGUACAAAAAGAAACUGGCACUAAAACUUAUGUGGACCCCAGGCUAGCUUUUGCCACAGACGCAAAAGAACAUGUUCAUGAUUUUCGUCAAAGAUUUGAUGCAUCAUCCACAGCCUACCAGAUACUGCAUGGAAUAGACUUAUCAGGCAAAUAUGCUUUGAUAACUGGUUCCAAUGCAGGCAUUGGGUUUGAGACUGCCAAGUCUCUGGCAAGACAUGGCUGCAGUGUCAUAUUUGCUAAUAGGAAUAUGGAAUCAACAAAAGAAGCUAUUCAAAAAAUACUGCAAGAAACGAAAGCAUCGGAAGAUGACUUAAAAGCUGUGCAUUUAGAUCUGUGCUCCUUUGAAAGUGUCAGGAAGUGUGCAGCUGCGGUAAAAUCUAUGUUUUCUGACCGCCUAGACAUGUUGAUCCUAAAUGCUGGUAUUUUUGGAGUGCCAUAUACAGAAACAGUGGAUAAAAUUGAGAUGACCUGCCAAGUUAACCAUCUAAGUCAUUUGUACUUGGCCAUUUUGUUGGAACCUCUGCUGAAGAAAGGCUCACGGGUUGUAUUCGUCUCUUCAGAGUCACAUAGGUUUGCAAGUCUUAAGAAUGUCUUCAAUCUGCAAAAUCUUGCAUUUCCAAGAGAAUCCUAUAGCUCCAUGAUGGCGUAUAACAACUCUAAAUUGUAUAAUGUUAUAAGUGCAAAGAUAUUAAGUGAAGAAUGGAAGAAGAAAAAUAUAUAUGUGAACUCUCUUCACCCUGGUAACAUGGUUUUCACAAACUUAAGCAAGUCAUGGUGGCUGUUCAGAUUAGCAUUUGCACUAGUCAGACCUUUCACUAAAUCUUUGCAACAAGCAGCAGCGACAACAGUGUACGCCGCAACAGCCCCAGAGCUACGAGGUGUAACCGGCCUGUACUUCAACAACUGUUUCUACUGUGAAGAGUCUGCAAUGGCACGCGACAAAAACAUUGCUCAUGAAGUAUUCGCUCUAUCUCUUAAAAUGAUCGCAGAUCGCGUUGGUACUGAGGAUCUGAAAAAAUACAUGAACAAAUUCAACACAACACAAUCGCUUAACAAUGAAGGAAUUACGAAUGGAGAUAAAAAAUCUGAUAAAAAGGAAUAAAUGAAAUAUGUAUAUCACAUGUUUGGGCUAUGGGCUUAAAAAUCAAUUAAUCUUCAUUGUAUAUUGAUUUUUUUUUAAAUCCCAAAAUUCCUGAAGUGGACUGGGUUAUUUUUUUUACAUAAUAUAGUUUUCAUCGGUUAUUGGUACUAUUAAUAAUAUUUUUCAUUUAUUAGCAUUGUGCAUUAUUGUUUUGGAUAAGGGAUAAAUAAGGAAUUUCUGUGAUGACCAGUGUCAGUUCGAAAUUUAAAUUUAUUUGACAUUAUACAUAUUGUUCAUGUUAACAUUCCAACAUGUUUAUUUGUGGGUGUUUAAUGUACCUGAAAAGAACACAUUUGAUGAAAAGUCUGAUUGAAGAUUUGGUUAUUACUAUUAUCAGCAAAAAUGUAAUACAAUGUAAUUAUUGUGUGUACAUGUUAUAUUUAAUUACUAUCAGCAAUGAUCGUCCCACUACACAUGUUAUAGCUUAAGCGUUCAUUGUAAUAUAUUAUGAAUUUACAUAAGCCCCGUGUUUGAAAAUAGGCUAUAAUUUUAUAUUUUUGUAUAUAAGACAUGUAUCUGGUAUUAGAUAUCUGAUCUACCAUAAAACAGCUAUGUAUUUAUUCAACUUUUACAAUAUUGAUGUUGUAUUACUGUUACAAAAAAACUUGAAGAUAUUCUCCUACUAGACAAGAUAGUAUUCAGAUCCGAUUAUGAAAACUCAUUAUUUAAACCUAUAUAUAAAACUUAUAUGAAAACUAACUUUUCAACCGCAGAGCUAUUUGCUAUUGGAUGAUAAUAUAAAUCGUGUAAUCAACUACCUAGAUUAAAUAUUAUAAUUAAUUAAAACAAUUUGUUAAUUUUGAAUAAAUAUAUGAAG